GGCUGGUCAGAACUGUGUUUUCGAAUGGACACUUGCUGUCACGAGCAGUAAUCGCGAUCAAGCAGGAGGCCAUUGAAAUAGGGAUAUACUCUCACAUAUUGCAUCGUGUGCAAGACACAUAGUGGUCGAGGAAACCAGGACUGAAUAUCCUGCAUGCAAUUGCGCGACCAAGAUGGUAUCAGGUGAGGAGCCUGCCUCAGGAGCGCUCAAUGUUGCUAUGAUGAGACAUGCAGAAGCUCGUAGUGUGAACGAAAUCUGGGCUGGCAAGACAGACAUCAAAGAGCGACGCCGAUUGCAGAAUAGGUUGAACAGGAGAGCAUACAGAAAGCGUCAGACCGAGCAGAACCGUAUGCGAGACAGUCACCCGGAUCGCGAUAUCCCACAGCAGGCGCGACGAUCAAGACUUCCCGGAGUUCAUGUUUUCUCCGUUGCAGGAGCGAGCGGUGCAAGAUGGCAUGAAUCAAUCAGUCUCAACGCGUUUUUCACUCCUUCAAAAGCGGUCUUGCACAAAUCCGAGCAGAUGUCCACAUCACUGAAUCCAUUGCGUGGCUGGUGUCGACGUUUUGAGGAGACCUGGUUGCAAAGCGGCCUCAGCGGAAUCGAAUUGGGCAGGAUACCUAGCCCUGAACAUGCUGAGAACGUGUCAGAUGCAGUCAUUUGCGAGGAACACCUGUUGAGUUUCCUGAAUAUUCAGAAUCCUCAUCCUCUUCCGAUGGACCAUCUCAUCAAUCUGGUGUACUACAAUGUCUUCCGAGGACUCAGUAAGAACAUCAAACACUUGCGGCUUGAUUGUCGGCAGAUGUUGUUCGACGAUUGUCCCAGCCCUUUCAUCGCCGGAGGACUUGACAUCUCAGUCAUUGCACCCGACUUUCAUCCCACACUCUUGCAACGUACUGUGCCACAUCAUCCAUGUUUCGACAUAUUUCCUGAUGCUGUGGUCCGGGAUAACGCGAUCAAUUGCUGGCGAGACCAUGAAUCCGCACACCAGGGUAGGUUGUGCUUUACCAUCGCUGGGAGAAACACAUGGCACGAAAUCGACAUUCCGUUGCGACACGGCUUCGUGCUGUGGGAACAGCCAGACUGUGUGGAGAGCUGGGAAGUCACAGAAGGGUUUGUGCAGGAUUGGCCGGGUCUUGUCAAAGGCGCCUUUCGUCUGGAAGCUGCCACCAAUUCAUGGAGAGGUGUUCGUGGAGAGCCCCCAAUAAGUUUUGCCUGAUUACCUAUACUGUUGUAGAUGGGGACUGUGGCUUACAAUCCUCACGCGUAAGACCUAGGAACGCAGGAAACAGAAUCAAUGUCUGCCGAUAUUCAGUCUGACCUAUCGCACGAAGUGAUAGAAAAGAACGAGUCACUUGUGCGGACGACCCUAGGAAUGACUAUCUAGCAAGCC